UAAGACCACACAUCCCAUUCACGGUGCUUUUCUUGUCAUGUUCCACUAUUUAUGUCCACAUCUGACUGACAACGGGUCUCUGGUUGCUUUUGGCUGAAUAUUUGGUCACCAUGGUGUAGGAAAGUGGCGCAGUGACGGAUCUAUGUACUCAGACUUCUUGAUCAUUCAACUUCACGUCUUUAGUAGGGGGCAAAUAUUUUAUGGCACUCGAGGAGAGUCCGGGUGACUUCCGAGCUCAUAAGUCACUUGUCAAUUGAUCUGUUACUCUCUCCCAACCUAUCAAAAUGUAUAUUUCAUCAACUCAAACCUUCAAAGCAUACCAUCUGUUGGUUGUUCCAAUCAUUAUCAUCUCAGUAUUCUACUCAGCAUGCGCAAGACCAUCUCCAUCUCAGGGCCAUCUUUACCCCAUCUAUACCCAAACUUCGCUUGCGGAACAGUCAACCGCUUCACAAAACACAAGCCUUUCAUCAUCAUCCAAUGUCCUCGAAAAAAGAAUGGUCAGAUCCUGUGAUCCUCUACCUCUUACUCCUGAAACAUGGAAUGAACUCGAAUUAGACUUUUAUCUUAAGGAAUACCCAGAUGGAGAUAGGAUGACUCUGAUUGAUUAUGCCACAUCCAAGAACGCAUCCAACUUCGUCUGUGGACUCGGCUCGAUUUGUAACGCAGGUCAGAUGUGUUAUCCUGUCAACGAUAACGAUUGGUACAUUCUGUUUGCGAUUCAACAAUGGAAUUCGAUCAAUAACAUGCUCUAUAUGGCGAUCGGUUAUGCUAUUUCCAUAGUCCAAGGUUAG